CAGGAUGCAGGAGGAAGCAAUGUGUUUCGCCUGCAUCAGCAACACUGCAGUGUGAGGGGACAGCACAGGCUGCGGGAUGCUGUGGUACCGAAGCGAAGACAGAUAGAGGGGAGGAGAGGAGGAGGGUAACUAGCCCUAGGAGCUGACACUCAGAACCAGUAGAAGCUUUGCUAUCCACGUUGUACGCAAGGAACUCAUAAUUCAAGUUGUGAAGAUCAUUUUGGAGAUCGUGUGAUAUUCCUGGAGCUGAGCGCAGAAUCCCUCUGGGGGCCGAGGGGAGAACAGAAUGGCGCAGGCCGCCAAACAGCUCAAAAAAAUAAAGGAUAUAGAGGCGCAAGCAGUCCAGGAGCAGAAGGAAAAGGAAGAGUCGGAUCGCAAGAGGAGGAGCCGGUCACGGGACCGCAAGAAAAAGGCUGAUGCAGCGACCAGCUUCCUGCGAGCCGCCCGGGCUGGGAACCUGGACAAAGCGCUAGAGCACCUGAGGAACGGAGUGGAUAUAAACACGUGCAACCAGAAUGGGCUGAACGCUCUGCACCUGUCCAGUAAGGAGGGCCACCUUAAAAUGGUGAGCGAGCUUCUAUCAAAAGACAUUGUCCUGGAGACUACCACCAAGAAGGGGAACACGGCCUUGCACAUCGCAGCUUUGGCUGGUCAGCUGGAUGUGGUGCGAGAGUUGGUUAAUUAUGGGGCUAACGUCAACAGUCAGUCACAGAAAGGCUUUACGCCCCUCUAUAUGGCUGCGCAAGAGAACCAUCUUCCUGUGGUCAAGUUCCUUUUGGAGAACGGAGCCAAUCAGAACCUGGCAACCGAGGAUGGUUUCACCCCAUUAGCCGUAGCUCUCCAACAAGGCCAUGAAAAUGUAGUGGCUUAUCUCAUCAGCUACGGAAUGAAAGGAAAGGUCCGGCUCCCGGCUCUGCACAUCGCCGCUCGCAAUGAUGACACGCGCACCGCUGCCGUGCUGCUGCAGAACGAUCCGAACGCGGAUGUAUUGUCAAAGACGGGAUUCACGCCGCUACACAUUGCCGCUCACUAUGAAAAUCUAAACGUCGCACAGCUACUGUUGAAUCGAGGAGCGAAUGUUAACUUUACCCCCCAGAAUGGCAUCAGUGCACUCCACAUCGCCUCCCGCCGUGGCAAUAUUAUCAUGGUUCGGCUGUUGCUGGAUCGUGGGGCGCAGAUAGACGCACGCACCAAGGAUGAGCUGACCCCUCUGCACUGUGCUGUGCGCAACGGACAUGUGCGAAUAUCAGAGAUUCUGCUGGAUCAUGGGGCACCCAUUCAGGCCAAAACCAAGAACGGUCUGUCUCCGAUACACAUGGCCUCUCAGGGUGAUCACCUGGACUGUGUGCGACUUCUACUGCAGUACCAGGCUCAUAUUGAUGACAUCACGCUGGACCACCUGACUCCGCUGCAUGUGGCCGCUCACUGUGGUCACCAUCGUGUGGCCAAGAUAUUGCUGGAUAAAGGAGCCAAACCCAAUGCUAGGGCUCUGAAUGGCUUCACCCCCCUGCACAUUGCCUGUAAGAAGAGUCAUAUUAGAGUCAUGGAGCUUCUCUUGAAGUCUGGAGCAUCCAUUGACGCUGUCACAGAGUCUGGUCUGACUCCUCUCCAUGUGGCCUCCUUCAUGGGACAUCUACCCAUCGUGAAAACACUCCUGCAUAAGGGAGCGUCGCCUAACGUCUUCAGCGUGAAGGUAGAGACCCCUUUGCAUAUGGCAGCUCGUGCAGCUCACACGGAUGUGGCGGAGUUUCUGCUGCAAAACAAGGCAAAGGUGAAUGCCAGAGCUAAGGAUGACCAAACUCCCCUGCACUCUGCUGCCCGCUCCGGGCACUUCGAUAUGGUGCGUUUGCUUCUCGCAAACGGAGCUCACCCGGAUCCCCCGACAACUGCAGGUCACACUCCCCUACACCUCGCUGCGAGAGGAGGUCAUACCCAGACCGCAGAACUGCUGUUGGACAACCAGGCUUCGCACACAUCGAUGACCAAGAAAGGCUUUACUCCCCUCCAUGUGGCAGCAAAAUACGGGAGGAUCCAGAUUGCAGAGCUGUUGCUGGAGAGAGGUGCUCACUCCAACAGUGCUGGCAAGACUGGUCUAACACCCCUACAUGUUGCUGUUUAUCACAAUCACCUCAACAUUGUGCGACUUUUGCUGAACAAGGGUGCAUACCCUCAUUGCAGCGCUAGGAACGGGUACACCCCUCUACACAUGGCCGUGAAGCAGCGCUCCGUGGACACGGCCCGCGCCCUGCUCCAGUUCGGGGCGACCUGUAACGCACAGUCCCUGCAAGGAGUCAGCCCUCUGCACCUCGCUUCUCAGGAAGGUCACACGGACAUGGUGACACUACUUCUCAGCAAGCAAGCAAAUGUACACCUGGGAAACAAGAGCUCGCUAACCCCCCUACACCUGGCAUGUCAGGAGGGCCACCUGAACGUGGCAGAGAUACUGGUAUCCCACGAUGCAUCCGUGAGCGCAGAGACUCGGAUGGGGUUCACGCCGCUUCACAUUGCAUGCCACUACGGGAACAUCAAGCUGGUCAAAUUUCUCCUUCAACAUCAAGCCAAUGUAAAUGCCGCCACCAAGUUGGGUUUCACGCCCCUCCACCAGGCUGCCCAGCAGGGUCAUACAGAUAUUGUCACUCUGCUGCUGAAGAAUGGCGCAUGUCCUAACCAGGCUACCAUGAAUGGGAUUACGCCCUUGGCCAUAGCAAAGCGUCUAGGAUACAUCUCAGUGACAGACGUUCUGAGUCUGGUGACAGAUGGACCACAGGCUCAGCUAGCCAACGAAAGGCACAGAAUGAGCUUCCCAGAAACUGUGGAUGAGAUGCUGGAUGUGUCUGAAGAUGAAGGAGAGGAACCUCCAGACUUCAGACCUCCACUAACAGGCCCCCGGGAGCCAGACGAAGACACGGAAAUGGAGUUCUUACCCAAACUGGACCAGGUAGUGGGGUCACCUGCAAUACCCCGAAUUCCAUGUGUUACCCCAGAAACAGUGGUGCUGAAAGAGGAUGAAGCCGAGCCGGUGUCCAGAGAGUUAGACGAAGAAUCGCUUAUUCCCAGCAGUCCUGCUACUGAAACAUCAGACAAUAUCAGUCCCGUGGCCAGUCCUGUCCACACUGGGUUCUUGGUCAGUUUUAUGGUCGAUGCCCGUGGCGGCUCAAUGCGUGGAAGCCGACACAAUGGCUUGCGUGUCAUAAUACCACCCAGGACCUGCGCAGCCCCUACACGGAUAACAUGUCGCCUUGUGAAGCCUCAGAAGCUUAAUUCUCCUCCACCGCUGGGUGAAGAGGAAGGACUCACCAGCAGGAUCAUCGCACUGGGUCCCACAGGGGCACAGUUUCUAAGUCCGGUGGUAGUAGAAAUCCCCCACUUCUCUUCGGUGGGACGCGGAGAUCGGGAAUUGGUCAUUCUGCGUAGUGACAACGGGUCAGUGUGGAAAGAGCAUCAAAACCGUUACGGGAAAGAAUACCUAGAGGAAGCACUGAGUGGGAUGGAUGAAGAGCUGGAAAACGAAGAGGAGCUGCACAAGAAGCGUCUCUGUCGGAUUGUCACCACGGAUUUCCCUUUGUACUUUGUGGUGAUGUCUCGUGUGUGUCAGGACUGUGAGCUUAUUGGGCCAGAAGGUGGAGUCCUCAAGAGUCGACUUGUUCCUCAAGUCCAGGCCACAUUCCCUCCAACUGCUGUGACAAAGAAAGUGAAGCUAUCUUUACAGGCUCAGUCAGUGCCAGAUGAUUUGGUGUCCCGAUUGCUAGGCAACCAAGCAACUUUUGGCCCCAUUGUCACCGUGGAACCCCGUCGCAGGAAAUUCCAUCGGCCGAUUGGACUGCGCAUCCCCCUGCCACCAUCUUGGAGGGACAAUCCCAGGGAUAAUGGAGAAGGAGACACCACCAGUCUGAGACUCCUCUGCAGUGUGACAGGUGGUACAGCUCCCGCGCAAUGGGAAGACAUUACGGGAACCACUAAAUUGGUUUAUGCCAAUGAGUGUGCCAACUUUACCACUAAUGUGUCUGCCAGAUUUUGGCUGUCCGACUGUCCACGCACGGCAGAGGCAGUGUCCUUCUCCUCCCAGCUGUACAAGGAGCUCAGCUCUGUUCCAUACACAGCACGAUUUGUGGUCUUCGCUAAGAUGGGAGAUUCUCGGGAAGGACGUCUUCGCUGCUAUUGUAUGACGGGUGACAAGCUGGAGAAGACCCUGGAACAGCAUGAGAACUUUACUGAGGUGGCACGUAGCCGGGAGAUAGAGGUUUUGGAUGGAACACAGCUAUUUGUGGAGCUUUCGGGGAAUCUCGUGCCUCUGAAAAAGGCAACCCAGCAGAGAAGUUUUGUUUUCCAGGCAUUUAAAGAGAACAGGCUGGCUUUGCCCAUCAAGGUGCGUGACAGCAGCCGGGAGCCUUGCGGGUCUCUUUCAUUCCUGCGCAAAGCCAUGAAAUACGAACCUUCCCAACAAGUUCUAUGCCACCUGAAUGUCACCAUGCCUCAAUACUCACAGGGCCCAGGCAGUCUGGACAGACGGAGGACGCUGACACCACUAGCUCUAAGAGAGCGGUACAGCCUGCUGAAUGACAGUACGAGGGGGUCUCUAAGUGGCACAGAUCGCAUCGAUAUGAAGAUGGCUGUUAUCUCAGAGCAUCUUGGCCUGAGCUGGGCAGAACUGGCUCGGGAGCUGCAAUUUGAAAUGGAUGACAUUAACAAGAUUCGGGUGGAAAACCCAAACUCCCUGCUUGAGCAGAGUGCGGCCCUGUUACAACUGUGGGCAUCGCGCCAGGGCCCCGAUGCAAAACUGGAAGAUCUGUAUACGGCUCUGCGGAACAUUGAUCGCAGCGAGAUUGUCAACAUGCUAGAGGGAUCUGGGCGCCAGAGCAGGUGUUUUAAAGGAGAGCGCCGCUACACCAACAGCGAUGGAUCAGUAUCCCCUUCUCAAAGAAAUGGUCACCCCUUGACGCAGGACGAGCUGCUUUCCCCGGCCUCUCUCAACUACUCCCUUCCCUCCCCACUGAGACUGGAUCAAUACUGGAGUGAGGCGUCCAUGUUGGAUGGAGUUCCCAUGGCAACAGCUGAGCCUGAGGGACUAUUGGACCUUCCUGACCUUCCACUCUGGGCCUCUGGCCUGUCCCCCUCACUGGUGGCUCCUGAAGAUUCAUCUCUGGAUUGCAGCAAGGCCGAGGAUGAGUGGGAUGCCCCACCACGUCCAUCCUCGGGCUCCCCUGACCUGGAGGAGGAGGAGGACACUGAAGCCGGAGGGCCAGAAAGGGUACAUGCUCGGAUCACUGAAACCCCCGCCACUUGUCGAGUGACAUCUAGUGGUGUGGAGAGGGUGCAAGAGUGGAGCACAGAUGCCCCUGGCCAAAGACCCUCCCGGUGUUCUCCUCACCAUGAUAAUGGUGCCCCCUUAACUUACGAGGAGCUUCAUCAGAACUUCAAGGGUAGCGCCAGAAUCAAGGUCACUCAGCAGACCACCAUGUUCAGCACAAGGGGACAACAAGAGGGUAAUGAGGUCCCAGACAUUCCUGGGGAGCAGGUGACGGAGGAAGAGUUCACCGACGAGCAGGGCAACAUAGUGACAAAGAAGACAGUCAGGAAGGUCCUGCGCAGAGUGGGACCCCCAGGGUCCACAGAUCUAGGGGAUAAUGAAGAUUUGCUGAUUGAGGGGACCCUGCAGGAGGCAGAGGAGCUGGAGAGUGAGACCCCCAAUUACCUGAAGUAUGCUGUGUUACACCGAGAGGCAGAAGACGAACAUGACUCUUUGAGGUCAGAGGUCGCAGACGGGAGGAAAGGGGCACAGAUUGUGAAACGAGCCGGCACAAAACGGGUGCAUCAGUAGGACCCCAAAACUGGGACACCCCAAAUACUGGGAAUCACCCAGAAUUUCACCUCGAGUACGAGUUACUGAAGCGAACCCAUCCGCCAUUUACUGCACCUCACUAAUUAUGAAUCAGUACAAAAUUGAAUUCCUUCUCGCUCAUAAGCAAACACCACCCCAAAUCAAACUGAGGGGGGUCCCUGUCCCCCCAACUCCAAAGUCCGAAGCAGACGCUCGCCCCCCUGUAUGCUCACGGCAUGAAGACUUGCACCCUGCAUGUUACCAAGUAAUGUGCAUGAUGACAUUCGGAAAGAAGAAA